AUGGCUGGUGUUGGACAGGCACGGCUGACUGCUGGAGGCAGGAACGUGAUGGGGGCAGCUGUUAAGUCCCGCGUUCAGGCGAGGCUGUUCGGCCCGGCAGUCUUUGAGUCAAAGAAGCUUCAGGUGGUGUUUAUGGGAGCAGAGGAAGAGCAGCACCCCGCACACGCGCCACUGCCCCGGAUGUACACUUUUACCCACUCGGAUGUCACUGCUGGCCUCACGCUCGCCAUCGCUCACGAAUUCAACAAAUCCCAGUUCAUGGGCUGGUACUCUCGGCUGCAGAGGGACGAGGUUCUUGCAGUGUGGCGCCAACACUGCAGCUUGGCAGAUUUUCGUUCACCUUACUUGAGGGACCCUUGGCAAGAGGUUCACCCAGAGCAUCCCUGCAACGGCUCAGACUGCCACAUGUCACUCCACGUUCACUGCCAUAUCAGUGGAGGUCAUUUCCUGCUGAACGCCAUUGCAGCUCUCAGAUUCUGGAUCUUCAGGAAAGAGCUCCCAGUUGUUUUGGAGGCUUUCAGGCACGGUGACAGAGCACUCUUUGAUAAGCACCCAGACCUCGAGGAUGCGCUGGUGUGGGUACACUUCCAUUCAAACAUUCCAGAGUAUAACAGACACGAGUGCUGGGGACAUCUGCAUUCAGCAGCCCAGACUGGAGCAGAGAAGACUCAAUCGCAACUUAGCUACGGGGCACAAAGAGUGGUCGAAGCUAUUGGUACAGCGGCGGAGAGGGAGCAUCAGUGGCCGGUUGAAGAGAGGAGAGUGGCCAUGGCAGGCUUCGAAAUCCCACCACCUCCAUAUGAGGGUGAUAGCAACUAA